UGUCCUGGGGGCCUGAAGCCGAACUCCCGGCGAGUUUGGGGGGGUUUGGUGUUAAAUACAGGCGUAGGGCAGCGCGGCUGUCGAGGCCCCCGGCCCGGCGUUAGGAGCAGGCUCUCUCCCGGGAGAUAAGCUCGUCCUAAGGAGCUGGUGGGGAGGAGGCGAGGGCUCCCCGUGUGAGCGGACGCGAAGGAGAAGGUAUGGGCUGAAUCCUAAAGGAAUAACCCGGUUCAGGUGACCCUCGCCUGGCUUUUUUGUUAAGGUUUAUCGCCUAACCCGAUCCAGUUUCUGGAGGAGUUGCUAUACUGAGAAAGCGAAUCGAGGCGUAAGGUGCUCUGAGCACCCUUCCCCUCGCCUGGGUCUGCGAGGGCGGCAUUAAGUCCUGCUGGUAAGAAGGGAACAGGGGAGGUAGUUCUUCAGGAAUGGUGACUUUAAAAAAAGAAAUGGCCUAGAGAGCGCAGGGUGAGUUCCAGACUUUCCUUUUCCUCCUCCCCAUGCCAAUAAAUUAUUAAGUAGGAAAAAAAAAAAAAAGAAGGUUUUGGGGGGGGAAAAAAAAAUUGGGUGGCUUCUGGCAAGUCGACCAGCUUUAACACUGACCGCCGAUCCCCGACUCUGGAAGUUUGGCUUCCCCACUGCAAGAGCCGUACGAGGAACUCUCUGUGGGAGCUUCCCUGAUUCUGUUGGGUGGUUUAUUUAACAAGUCAAGGAGAAGAGGGGAUAGAAGACUUCUUAAAAACAUUCUCGCUUGGCUGCUGUUCGAAUCGUGGAUCUCAGCAGGACCGGAAGAGCUCCUCGCUAAGGGUUGCCGCGCGGAGAGGAGCCCCCGGCUCGGCACGUGCCGGCAGCGGUGCAAGAUGGCCGCCUUCAAACGGAGCCGAGCGCAAACCUGGCCGGAGGAACAGGGCGACCGGGAGCACGGGCUCUACAGCUUGCACCGCAUGUUCGACAUCGUGGGCACCCACCUGACCCACCGGGACGUGCGGGUGCUCUCCUUCCUCUUCGUGGACGUGAUCGAUGAUUACGAGAGGGGGAUGAUCCGCAGCGGCCGGGACUUCUUGCUGGGCCGAGGCAAGUUUGGGAAGGCAAGUGAUGUCCUCCCUGAGCUGGUGCUGCUGGUCCUGCGGCACACGCCCCUGACAGCCCUGUGUCCCCUCUCUCUUCCAGUGUGUCCGGACCUGGUGGACAAGUACCUGGAGGAGACGUCCAUUCGCUACGUGACGCCCCGAGCUCAUGGCGAGGCGGAGCACAGGCUUGGCCACCCCCACAAAUCAGGUGGGUGCCAGUGCCCGCUGCCAGACCUUGGGGUUCGGUCUGUGGGGAUCCAGUCUGUGGGGAUCCAGUCUGUGGGAAUUCGUUGGGACUGUCCUGCUUUGGCCUUGUCUGCUCCCACUGGCAGCGCGGGGACUCACCUCUGCCCCGCGCCGGAGCACUCACCACCCUCCCCGCUUCCCUCAGACAUCCGCCUGCGAGUCCGAGCCGAGUACUGCCAGCACGAGACGGCGCUUCAAGGCAACGUCUUCUCCAACAAGCAGGACCCCUUGGAGCGUCAGUUCGAGCGCUUCAACCAGGCCAACACCAUCCUGAAGUCCCGGGACCUGGGCUCCAUCAUCUGUGACAUAAAAUUCUCAGAGCUCACCUACCUCGACGCGUUCUGGCGCGAUUACAUCAACGGCUCUUUGCUGGAAGCCCUCAAGGGCGUCUUCAUCACGGACUCGCUCAAACAAGCCGUGGGCCACGAAGCCAUCAAACUGCUGGUCAAUGUGGACGAAGAGGAUUACGAGGUCGGGCGCCAGAAACUCCUGAGGAACUUGAUGCUGCAGACGGCUCCCUGACGCCCCGCGGCUGCUCGGUGGGACCCGCGCUUUUUGGUUCUGUUCUUUUUUUUUCUUUUUUUUUUUUUCUAAAAGAAAAGGAAAAGAUGAUUGAGACCCCCGCCCGGUACCGUGCAACUCUGGGUUUGGAGCUGCGGGGAGCGCCGGAGGCUUACGUGUUUCCUCCCCCCUUCCCUGUCCUGUCACCUCCUCUCUUGCUUUGUUUUUCCUUUUUUUCUCUUUUAUUUUGUAUCCAUUAAAAACAAACAAACACAAAAAAGGCAAAAAUCCUGCCUGGGGCGUGUCAGUGAUGGGGCUGGGCGAGCCGGGGGCAGGGGGGGCUCGGCGUUGGCUCGUACCGGGGGGGGCUUGGCCCCCACGGGGCCUGCACCGGGGUUGGGGGGGGCCUUGUCCC